CGUGAGGUUGGUCAUGCUAUACAUCCAGAAAGAGGCAUUCCUGUCUAAUAGCAAUGGGGUGCAACUUCCUUAAAAAAGUGACGUCAAAUGAGGCGCGAUCAGCGCGCAUGCGCGGCAAGCAGAGCGGCAGCCGCAGCGCGGAGCAGUGCGCGAAACAACGGCAGAUAUGGCAAGAGAUGGCGAGGGACGCGAGCACACUGACACCAUGCACUGCUGAAGGGACGGGGGCCUUAAUAUUUCAAAAAAAUUACAAAACUUUAUAAAACAUAGAAAAAGGGAACAAAACAAAUCAGGAAAGAAGGCAAAGAAAAAAUAGUCAAGAUAACAACAGAACUUUUCCAAUGAGAGCACUUCUGUGGACACUGCUCCGCUAUAUCAGAUAGAUGAUUUGUCCACACGCUUGCACGUAUAAUGAACGCCCAGCUGUCGAUGGAGAACAUUGGCGAUCUGCACGGAGUGAGCCAUGAACCCAGCGCGGCGGAUCUCAUGAUCGGAGACAGCGCUCAUCACAGGAGCCAUCGAAGCAGUCUGUCAGCCCAUGCGCGCUCCAUGGGCAUGGCAUCAAUCCUGGACAGCGGCGACUAUCAUCAUCACCGGCCCCCGGAGCACCCCGGGCUCGCCACGCACCUGCACCCGGCCAUGAGCAUGGCGUGCGAGGCUCCCCCCGGGAUGAGCAUGAGCAGCACAUACACCACACUCACUCCGCUGCAGCCCUUACCGCCCAUCUCCACCGUCUCCGACAAAUUCCCGCACCACCAUCAUCACCAUCACCACCACCACCACCAUCACCCGCACCAGCGGAUCCCGGGGAACGUCAGCGGGAGCUUCACCUUGAUGAGGGACGAUAGGGGUCUGGCCCCGAUGAACAACCUGUACUCUCCUUACCACAAGGACGUGACCAGCAUGGGACAGAGCCUGUCGCCCCUGUCUGGAUCCGGGCUCAGCGGCAUUCACAACUCCCAGCAGGGACUGCCGCCGUACGCGCACCCCGGGGCCACCAUGCCCGCCGAGAAGAUGCUCACACCCAACGGAUUCGAGGCACACCACCCCGCGAUGUUGGCUCGACACGGGGAGCAGCACAUGAGCGCGUCUUCGGCGAGCAUGGUGCAGCUCAACGGCAUCCACCAUCACCCGCACGCCCAUCUCAAUGCCCAGGGUCACGGUCAGGUGCUGGGCUCCACAAGGGAGCAGAACCACUCAUCUGUGCCCGGAUCGCAGCUCAACAACGGCAGCAGCUCGGGACAGAUGGAAGAGGUCAAUACCAAAGAAGUGGCCCAAAGAAUCACCACGGAACUGAAAAGAUAUAGCAUCCCGCAGGCUAUCUUCGCCCAGAGGGUGCUGUGCCGCUCGCAAGGGACGCUUUCGGACCUGCUACGGAACCCUAAGCCCUGGAGCAAGCUCAAGUCUGGCCGGGAAACCUUCCGCAGGAUGUGGAAAUGGUUGCAGGAGCCUGAGUUCCAGAGAAUGUCCGCGCUCAGGCUCGCAGGUGAGAGAACAAUAGCGUGCAAGAGAAAGGAGCAGGAGCAUGGUAAAUGUGAGCGAGGGAGCAUCUCCAAGAAGCCCCGGCUGGUCUUCACUGAUGUCCAGCGUCGGACUUUACAUGCAAUAUUCAAAGAGAACAAGCGCCCGUCCAAAGAGUUACAAAUCACCAUCUCUCAGCAGCUGGGCCUGGAGCUCGCCACCGUCAGCAACUUCUUCAUGAACGCGCGUCGGCGGAGCCUCGAUAAGUGGCUCGAUGACGGCAGCUCUAACUCGACCAACUCCUCCUCCUCCAGCACUUGUACCAAAGCAUGAUGGAGUAGUGGCUGCAUUAUGGGAAAAGAAAAAAAAAACUUCGGUGGAAAAGCUUUAAACAAAGAAAACUUAACAAGAGACAAUUUUAGACAGCGUUUGCCCUUAAAACUUGUACAGUACCGAUAUUUAUAAUAUCCAAAGAAAAACACCAAAGACUGCUUUGAUCCCCAUUUAGGACUUUCUUCGUUUAUGUCUGACAUUCUGCAAAAAAAAAAAA